AUGGCCAACGCCCUCUACAACAUCUAUCGGCUAGCACCUCCUGUGUUCGCCGGUGCGCUUCUUGUCAACUCGUCGCUUUACGAUGUUCGAGGUGGCACGCGGGCCAUCAUCUUCGAUCGGCUGUCCGGAGUGCAGGAGAAGGUGAUCAACGAAGGCACGCACUUCCUCAUCCCGUGGUUGCAGCGGGCGAUUGUGUACGAUGUCCGGACGAAACCACGCAAUAUCUCGACGACGACAGGCAGUAAGGAUCUGCAGAUGGUCAGCUUGACGCUGCGAGUACUGCACCGGCCGGAGGUGCCGAAGCUGCCGCAAAUUUACCAGUCAUACGGUACCGACUACGACGAGCGUGUCCUCCCAUCCAUCGGCAACGAAGUCCUCAAAGCCAUCGUGGCCCAGUUCGACGCCGCCGAGCUGAUCACGCAGCGUGAAGCCGUCUCGAACCGCAUUCGUACGGACCUGCUGAAGCGCGCGUCGCAGUUCAACAUCGCCCUGGAGGACGUCUCCAUCACGCACAUGACCUUCGGCCGGGAGUUCACGCGGGCCGUCGAGCAGAAGCAGAUCGCCCAGCAGGACGCCGAGCGCGCCCGCUUCAUCGUCGAGCGCGCCGAGCAGGAGCGCCAGGCCAACGUCAUCCGCGCCGAGGGUGAGGCCGAGAGUGCCGACAUCAUCAGCAAGGCCGUCGCCAAGGCCGGCAGUGGCCUUAUUGACAUCCGUCGUAUCGAUGCCAGCAAGGAGAUCGCCCAGACCUUGUCCAGCAACCCCAACGUCACAUAUCUUCCGGGCGGCGGCGACGGUGGAAAGGAUGGCGGCAAGAGCACGAGUCUCUUGCUGGGUUUGAGGACUUGA